AUGGCAUCAUUAGAUCCUGAAAAAGAAGAACCUUAUUACCUUGAUCUAUUAAUACAUUGGGUUUUCAUUGUUGUCAUUCUUCUCAUAUCCCUGAAGCUUAAACCAUUAGAGUCACAGAAAUUAAAUAAUCCAAGACUGAUGCAAGCUCAUGCAGCACUUGAAGCAUGGACACAUUGCAUGACCUCUGACCCAAACAAAAUCACUUCCACAUGGUCUGGCCCCAAUGUGUGCAACUACACCGGCAUCUACUGUGCACCAGCACCAGAUGACUCCACCAUUUUUACAGUGGCUGGAAUUGACCUUAAGAAUGCAAACAUAUCUGGUUCAUUACCUGAAGAUCUUGGCCUCUUAACCGACCUAGACUUCUUCCAUAUAAACUCCAAUAGAUUCACCGGUCCACUCCCUGAGAAUUUUACCAAACUUGCUUAUCUUUAUGAGCUUGAUAUCAGUUUUAACCAAUUCUCAGGACCCUUCCCACAAGUUGUUCUUGCCAUUCCUUCCCUGAGAUACUUGGAUAUCAGGUUCAACAACUUUGCCGGCGACGUUCCUUCGAGCCUUUUCGACCUCAAACUCGACGCUCUUUUCAUCAACAAUAACAAAUUCCAGUUCUCCUUACCACAAAACUUUGGGAACUCACCAGUUUCUGUUAUGAUAUUAUCAAACAAUGAUAUAAAGGGUAGUAUUCCAUCAAGUGUGGCCAAAAUGAAGGAUACCCUUAAUGAGAUUAUAAUAUCGAAUACGGGACUAGCGGGUCCAUUACCCCAAGAAAUAGGGUACUUAGACAAAGUGACAGUGUUUGAUGUGAGCUUCAACAGAUUGGAGGGAGAACUACCUGGAACCAUGCAAGGAAUGAAGAGCUUGGAACAGUUAGUUUUAAAGCAUAACAAUUUCUCAGGUGUGGUUCCUACCAGCAUUUGUAUGUUGCCUAAGUUGAAGCACUUUGAUUGUUCAAAUAAUUACUUCCAUGUUGAAACUGCUCCUGAUACAUAUAGUCACAUAGAUAAUAUAGGUUGUAUUUUUAAAAGUAACGUUGGUACCAUAUCAUACGUCUCCGCACCAUCUUACCGGCGGAUUAAUCCGACGAUAAUGUCGACAGAUUUAAAAAAAAAAAUUGACUGGGCUGUUACCAUCGAUUCAUCAUCUUCUUCCUCUUGUUCACCAUCCUCCUCUUCCGAGGCAGCUUCCUGA